UUGCGCACUCGACCCCGCUGAUCGCCCCUAAUUACAAGCCCCAGCGCAGCACAUCACAGGAUUCACAGCACAGCGCCGCACGACCCGAGGCCGAGACCCCCGUAACGGGAAGCGCCAGAAACCUAAAGACCCCGAGGGCCAGGAGCCAAAAGACGCCAACCACCGGAGCAAACCCCUCGUGCGGCGGCGGCGGCGGCCCCCGGCAAUCGCGGGGAGAUUCCGGCCGGAGCACGCACGCACGGGAGCGAGCGAGCGCAGUCCGAUCGGCGUGCCAUUGGAGGAGAGCUGCCCCCGUGCGCCGGCGGCGGGGAUUGUGGGGAUUUUUUUCUCUCUCUCUUGUCCCCGCCCCCUUAUUUGCUCCUGGAUUUAGUUGCUCCUCGGCGCAGCGAUGCCGGAGGCCGGCCACUACGGCCACAAGAAGAACGACGGCAUCUGCAACGGCGUGUGCAGCAGCGAGCCUGCAUCAAAGGCAGUUGUGGCAAUGUCAAGGCUAAAGUGUGCGCUUCGGGGAUUUGAUUUCAGGGUUCUUUUGGCCCUCUUGAUUGGUGUGCCAAUCGUUAUUUUAAUGGUAUAUACGCAUGGUCAGAAGGUCACAUACUUCCUCCGGCCGAUCUGGGAAUCUCCUCCCAAGCCCUUCAAGAUAAUCCCUCACUACUACCAUGAGAAUGUAACUAUGGAGAACCUCUGCAAGUUACAUGGGUGGAAAGUCCGUGAGACGCCACGACGUGUUGUUGAUGCUGUACUGUUCAGCAAUGAGCUUGAUAUCCUUGAACUCCGUUGGAAUGAACUCAGUCCCUAUGUGUCUGAGUUCGUGCUCCUCGAGUCCAACUCAACCUUCACUGGCUUGACAAAGCCCCUCCACUUCAAGGAAAACCGCCAGCGAUUUGAGUUUGCUGAAUCUCGGCUGACAUAUGGUAUGGUUGGGGGGAGGUUUGUGAAGGGGGAAAAUCCAUUUGUUGAGGAGUCAUAUCAGAGGGUUUACCUGGACCGGCUCAUUAAGAUUUCAAGAAUUAAAGAUGAUGACAUAUUGAUCAUGUCAGAUGUUGAUGAAAUCCCAAGUGGCCACACCAUCAAUCUCUUGAGAUGGUGUGACGACACUCCUGAGAUAAUUCAUCUUCAGCUCAGGAACUAUCUGUACUCGUUUGAGUUCUUACUGGAUGACAAGAGUUGGAGGGCGUCAAUACACCGGUACAGAUCUGGAAAGACAAGGUAUGCACAUUUUCGGCAGACAGACGAACUUCUUGCUGAUUCAGGAUGGCACUGCAGUUUUUGCUUCCGCCAUAUCAGUGAUUUUGCCUUCAAGAUGCAAGCUUAUAGCCAUGUGGAUCGAAUUAGAUUCAAGUACUUCCUGAACCCUGAAAGGAUUCAAGAUGUCAUAUGCAGAGGGGCAGACCUUUUUGACAUGCUUCCUGAAGAGUAUACAUUCCAAGAGAUCAUUGCCAAGUUGGGGGCCAUUCCAAGUACAUAUUCUGCGGUUCAUCUUCCUAGCUUUCUGCUUCAGAAUGCUGACCGGUUCCGGUAUCUUCUCCCGGGCAAUUGCAGGAGAGAAAGUGGCUAGGCUGGUUUACUUUGCAAGCUGCUGUUCAUGGGUGCCACCGCCAAGCUGCUGGAGGACUGGCUGUGGCAGGUGCAUCUGAUAUGAUUGGCUAAUCAUAGUUGGGAUGGCUGCUUAGGGAGUGAGGAUGGGUGUGUUCAUGAUUAUGUAAGAUGUAAUGGAACAUUUGUGCACCUGACAGCAAGGCGCAUGCUUGAUCUCGGCUUGGCCACCUUCGCAGAAGAGCCCAAGGGUGUACGGUUACCAUAAGUAAUUGCCAUUCAUAUUCCCUCCCUGAAUGAUGAUAUACAAACUCGGAGCUGCUGUAGAUUUCACAUUAAGUGAACUUUCAGAUUUGUAUGAUGUACAAGUGGUUUUACUCUGCAGAUAAUUUACAUGUGCGCAUGUGUCUAUAUUUUCCACCUUGCUGUUCUGUUUCUUGUGUCGAUGACUGGACCUUAGAUUUCCUGAACACUCUGAA